GAUAUAGUGGUUGGUGAAUGCUGAUUGAUUCCUAAUACACUAAAAACAACCAUGACAAAAAUAUGAAUGUGCAUAAGACUAACCACACAUGUACUAGGAUACAUAUUCAAGACUAUGUCAAAUCUUGUGAGUAAGAAAAAUAAUAAUUUUAAAUUUGGAUUUUUUCUAUAAAUAUUUAAAAGGAAAUGAACUAUUAGCCUUUCUAUAUUAAAAAAAUUCCCUCAUAAAAUAUGGAAAAUUAUCAAAGCAAAUGAUCAUGCUCAACACUAUAUCCACCCAUUGUCUUCUCUUCAAACUCUUUUGGCCAUGCGAAAAAUGCUCCAUUAAUUUUUUUUUCAAAUACUAAAAUUUGAGCCAUUUGAUGUUGAAAACUUCUUCUUUUACAUAAAAUUUUUUAUUAGAAUGAAAAUGUUGAAGACUUUCAUUUGUUUUUAUUAUUUAAUUUUUGGUAUUUUUAUAAUGUAUAUUCGAUUGCACGCACACAACCAAUAAGAAUAAGGGUUGUGAGCAAAUUAUCUAUCCAAUAUCAAAUAGUGAUAUGCAAUUCAUGCCUUGUAGCCGCUUUUUUGUGUGUGUUUUCCCACUCUAAAAAUGAUUAAGUUGUGGUUAUUAUUUCUUUAAGAGUGUAGCUUUCACAAUGCUUAACCACCAUUGACUGUGAUUUAUCAUUGACUCGUUGUUAUUACUAUUAUCAUAACAAUGUCAUUUUUUCCUCCAAAUGGAGCAUCAUUAAUAUUAAAAUGAACGGGCGAAUGCAGUUUUGGGGUUAAACCACAAACAACACUGAAUUGUAGAGUUCCGAACGCGCAAUAUCUCGAGGGGUGUCGUUGUGGCAAGGCCAAGAUCGCAAAUGAAAAUGGUUGAAACUACCAUCGAGUACAUCUUAAAAAGCACUCGCUUAUAUACUCAUGCAUCUAACCUCUUCUGAAGAUUCUCACUAGUUGCAUGAGGUCGGAGCUUGUCUCAGGAGUACGUAGUAUCCUUCGUUCUGAAUCCGGAGAAAGAUUCACAUCGUCGUGGGAAAUUUUGAUGAUAUGAAUUAGUUGUAAUUCAAGUACGGUGAUUCAUGUAUCCAAAAUCUCUAUGCUCAAACUCAUUGUCCAAAUGUAUAAAACGAUGCUUUAAAACCAUAUCCCAAAAUUUGUAAAAUUUCGUGAUCUAUGGAUUGGGUUUGGGUAACUAACUUGUUGGAUUUGCAUCAAUCUAUCCUUGGGAUCUUCUGAAGAUUCAUAUAUAUUGAGAAUCUAGAUUAUCCAUGGUAAAAUGAAGUCCAUGUCACCUAAAUAUAACAAAUAACCGCAUAACAACUUUAACGCAUUCCUUCAUUCCAUCACAAAGCUAUACUUGUAGUAGUAAUCUACUUAAACAUUCGAUCCGAGCAGCCAUGAUCCACUUCAAAAGAUUUUUAAUGGAUAUGUACUGUCCGCUUCUCAUCUGAUCCGUUGUCAUAUGUACUUUUUAAGUAAUUAACCCACAAAAAACAUGUUGAUGUUCGACUAAAAAUUAAGGGGAUUGCUAUUCGUCGCCCUAAAACUCUUUAUUUGUCGCCCUAACAUUUGUUAAAAUGACUUAAAUAUCCUUAGUCCAUAUCAUGACAGGAAGAGAGUUAAUUGCCCAAAGGUAAACACGAAAACUAAUGCAUAAUAAAGCAUACUGGCCAUUCUUCAUACACAAUUAUAUAUGCUUUAAUUUCAUUAGUGAUUUUGGUUUCCAUACGGAAUCAACUGAGGAAGCAGGCUUCGGAUGGUAAUUAGUAGUGGGAAUCCUUAUCCGAAAAUGCAAUGCAGAAGCAUAAAUGAAUCAUGUUUUGGAAGCCAUGCAGAAGCAGAAAAUGGUCCGCGACCUGCCUACGAGCUCUCCGGCGACGGGCUGGUGGGAUUCUUUCUCAGUAAUGAUAGGAGGACGGUGAGGUGGGGGAAUGGGAGCGGCGGCGGAUUGGGAGAACGGCAGCGGUGGUCGUACGAGGAGUGGCGGCGGGUUGGGGGAACGGCAGCAGUGGUUCAGGUUAGGGAUUACGGAUUGAAUUUGGGUACAAGGAUAUAAUUGUCAAUAUAGUAUGAUUUAGGGCGAAAUAAUUUAAAUUUUAGGGCGACAAAUAGCAAUUCAGAAAAUUAAACAAAAGGAAAAGUCGAGUGACUACCACGAUUAACUCAAAUCCUGGCCACAAACUUAAUUCGAAACAUCGAAUUAAUCCUCAUUUGCUUGUUGGAUUUGAAAACAAGGGUUUUUUGUUUUAAAAUCUUUAGAUUUAUGAUGGAUUUGUUGCAUUAUGGAUUUGAAAGAAUACAUUGUUUGUUUAGUUAUUUUUUUAUCAUGAAUUUAUGAAGGAUUUGUCUUACAACUUUACCUUUCAUUGUCAAAUCCAAAAUAAAAUGUGUGAUUUGCAAAUCCGUGGGGUCCAUGGAUUUGGAUACAAAAAAAUGGGUCCAAAUCCGUGGGUUCCACGAAUUUGCCUCUCUUAAGCAAACAAUGGUAUGUCAAGUCCUUGAUGCUUGGAAUUUGGGUGUCAAAUCCAUCACCCAAAUCUCACAAGCAAACGAUAUUAAACCUUGUAUGUUUACCGAGGAGCUAACUUUGUGAGUUAUGUAACAUGGAUCGAGACAUUCGAUUUGUUCAUUUUGAAUUUCUUAGUCGGUUGUUUGAUACACAAAACUCGUCAUCCCGCUCUGCACAAAACUCGUUCAUCUUUCUUACCAAGACAUUACCUCACAAGAUGCAUAUGAUCAUAUUGACAACUCAACUGUCCUCUUAAUACUCAACUGGUAAUGAUGUUUUAAUGUACUCAAAACCGUACUUCAAAACUUGAAAUCUUGCACUUUUACGCUUCUAAAUCAUCAAAAUACUUCUAUGUAGAAUUGCAUUUUUUACUUACAAAUAUAGUCAAAAUCAUGCUAUAUAACUUAAAACUCUUCUACAUCGGAUCACACUUUUAAUUGCAUUGGUUGUUCUGCCCACCAGAAAAAAAAAACCUUUCCAUAUAAUUUGUCCAAUGAUUUUACCUAAAAGAGCGCGUGAUGAUCACUCAGCAAUGGAGAGAGAGUGGGGGGUGGGUACGAAUUGGAUUAGGUCAGCGUCGUGGCCAAUAGGAAGUACACUUCACGGUUCCCUCGUCCCCCUGCCCCAUCUUUGUUCAGAUUGGGCCCCCAGCCCACUACAUCUUCAGGUCCACGGGCUCCCGCCACGUUUCGACAUCUUAUUGGCUGGAUUCCUAAUCAAGUGGUGGGACCCGUUUUCGACUGCGGAGAUUCCCCAAAACGCCCCAGAAAGAAAGGCAGCCUUUUUUACCUGCCGAUAACGACACGCGAUGGUCGCACGAUAUCAGGAAGACAAGGACAUUUCGGGAAUUGCAACAACAAAUAUUGGUGGGUCCCACAGCUGCCUUCCCGCCGUCCGACGUGACGACGAGUGCGCCAAUGAUUUUUUUUUUUUUUUGGGGGUUGAGUUGUCGAGAAUUGACUUGGUUCGACCGGCUAGCUAGGUUACUGGCGGAAAGGGUUGGUUUUGGUGGUUCGAGUUGGGAGAAAUAAGUAUGUGAGAGCACCUGAAAUAAAGGGCAGGUGACGAUUCGGUCCACAUACAUAACCGAAUUAAUGUUCGGAGUGAAUCAUAUAUUAAUCGAUUCAGUUUUGAUUUCAUGAAUCAUCUUAUAAUAGAGGAAAAGAAGGGAUCGUUGAAAUCCGAACGAAACAUAAUCGAAUCAAAUGAGUUUUUUUUUUAGUUUUGUUCAGCUGAUCCUUUUUUCCUUUAUUUUUGCUCUAGUCUGUUCCCGAUUCGGUUCAGCUUUGGACUGAUCCAAACCAUGCCACCCCCCUUCAUGAAACCCAAAUCUGUGAAGUCCCUCGUCAAAUUCAAGCUUCAGAGAGAGUCCGAGAUAAGGUCUCCAAACUCAACCUUAUCGAGUGACAAGCAAUCCAAUACAGACAACUUGACUGAACGAUAUCAAUCGUAGGUCUACGCACCGAUCCGUGAUAGGUGCUCUAAGUUUCUAGAAAUAUGGAGGAUCACAAGUAAAAAGAAAGAGAGUCAACGACUCAUGAAAGCCAUUGAUGAUGUCUACACAAGCAAUAGAAGUUAGAUGCAAGGCACUCAUCAUCUUAACCUGUGUUGACAACCAAUUGCCAGCCAAGUACACCCCCAAAAAAAAGGGUCAUCAUCAUCAUCAUUAUCAACAACUAAACUAACUGAAGCAUAUUAUUAUUGGUUCAUUAUUAAUUAAUUAAUUAUGUGUCAUGCAUGUGAGAUGUGAAUAAGAAAUAGUUUUCAUAUUUAUUCAUCUCAACACACAUGUGGGAACAAAUACUGCAGAUCGAUUUGUAAUAUGAGUUGUGAAAUUUGCCUAUUUUAGAGGGGUUGAGUGUUGCAGCAAGAUGUUCUGGAGAGUUUGAUUUGAAGCAAUGGGGUUGCACUUUUGGAUGGUUGGAAAUGGCUCUUUUUGAAGGAAAGUGGGAAGAGUGAGCACAAUUGGAUAAAAAGAGAAAAUUAAAAUUGUUGUUGAAGUUACCUUGAAAUCGCUUGUUGGUGAUCAUCACUCAAUAGGUAAUUUUGACAUGUCUCGACCAGUUUGGAGGUGAGGUGUAGCCGUGCAUUCACUAUCUACUUUUAUUUCUCCUCUUUCAUUUUUCCUAACUCAUUGUUUGCCCAAUACGACUUUGAGUUAGUGCAAGACUCAAUCUUUCAAAGAGUAUAUUGUUUCGUUUUCAUUUAAAAAGUAUUCCCUUUCUUUUCUCUUUAUAAAAUUGAAUUGUUAUGUUUUUGUCUUCAAAUAAUAUGCAAAUAAGAAUAACACUCAAACCGAGCGAACAAUUGAUUGCUCUCGUGAUACUUUCAACCUAUAAAUUUUAGGUUCGUAUAUCUUAAAUAGCAUGUAAUAAUAAAAACAAACAUAUAUCGCUCUUAAAUAAAAUAACACUCGAUCUGCCUUGGCAUAUAUAUUUGUCCCGCCCCAUUCCCAUUACUAUUGGCAAUUUGAAUAAACAAAUUCCUGGCCA